UGUAUUAUUAUAUUAGCAGAACUCCGUGACUUCAAUUCAACUCCAAAUUCUUUGUCAUUUAUCUGUAUAUUAUAUUUUGCUCGGACUUUAAUUUUUUUAAUCAAGUUUUCUUCAAUAUGACAUUGCCCAUUCGCUCAUGGCAUUCAAAGGGUUGGCAUCAAAUAAGUUAUAAUCCGUAUAUUCGUAUAUAGCCUGAAUAUUUUCCGUAUUUUACUGAGAAAUAAUCGAAUAUUGAUUUUUCCAUUUGACAUUGGACUCAUUUAAACGCUAUUUCUUAGAAGAGCGUGUGUUGAAGAUAAGAUCAAAGAUGGGUUCUUCUUCUUCUUCUCCUUCUUUGGCAGCUUUUGCCGUUAUUGUUCUGGCUUUGGUUUUGAGUUCUGCAGUGUUGUGUAAUGGAGGCAAAACCAGCGUCUAUGUCAGGAACGUGGAGAAAACUGUCGAUAUGCCUCUUGACAGCGAUGUCUUUGGACUCCCGUCUGGCUACAAUGCACCCCAACAGGUUCAUAUAACACAAGGAGAUCAUGUCGGAAAAGCUGUGAUUGUUUCAUGGGUGACUGACGAUGAACCCGGUUCCAGUACGGUGCUUUACUGGAGUGAGAACAGCAAGCAAAAGAAGAUGGCAGAGGGAAAAGUCAAAACCUACAAGUUCUACAAUUACACCUCUGGUUACAUUCAUCACUGUACCAUCAGAAACCUGGAGUAUAACACCAAAUAUUACUACAUGGUUGGUGUUGGUCAUACUAUGCGAAAAUUCUGGUUUACAACUCCUCCUGAAGUUGGUCCUGACGUCCCAUACACAUUUGGUCUCAUUGGGGAUCUAGGGCAGACUUUUGAUUCAAAUAGUACACUCACUCAUUAUGAACAAAAUCCAAGGAAAGGUCAAACAGUAUUGUUUGUUGGGGAUCUUUCCUAUGCGGAUAACUAUCCCAAUCAUGAUAAUGUAAGAUGGGAUACAUGGGCAAGGUUUGUUGAGAGAAGUGUUGCAUAUCAACCAUGGAUAUGGACCGCAGGAAAUCAUGAAAUUGAUUUUGCCCCUGAAAUUGGUGAAACAAAGCCUUUUAAGCCUUACACUCAUCGUUAUCAUGUUCCUUAUCGUGCAUCAAAAAGCACUGCUCCCUUUUGGUACUCAAUAAAGAGAGCGUCAGCAUACAUUAUAGUCUUGUCUUCGUAUUCAGCAUAUGGUAUGUACACUCCUCAGUACCAAUGGCUAAAAGGCGAGCUACCAAAAGUUAACAGGAGUGAAACACCAUGGCUAAUUGUUCUUAUGCAUUCCCCAUGGUAUAAUAGCUACAACUACCAUUACAUGGAAGGAGAAACCAUGAGAGUAAUGUAUGAGCCAUGGUUCGUGCAGUACAAAGUUGAUGUUGUAUUUGCCGGUCAUGUCCAUGCCUAUGAACGAUCUGAACGUGUAUCCAACAUUGCAUACAAUAUUGUAAACGGUAUUUGCACACCUGUGAAGAAUCAAUCUGCACCUGUAUACAUCACUAUUGGUGAUGGAGGGAAUAUCGAAGGCUUAGCAACCAACAUGACCGAGCCACAGCCAGUGUAUUCAGCAUAUCGUGAAGCCAGUUUUGGUCAUGCCAUUUUCGAUAUCAAGAACCGGACACAUGCUUAUUACAGUUGGCACCGCAACCAUGAUGGAUAUGCCGUUGAAGCUGAUUCAAUGUGGUUUUUCAACAGAUUCUGGCAUCCAGUUGAUGAGUCUGCAACCUCUCAAUGAUGAUAACAAUGACAAGCUCUUUUCCAUUUUACAAUUUUCUUCUGCCCUUUUCUUCAAAAAAUAAAAUACAGAAUUACAAGCAAUAAAAAUUUCCAACUUUAUCUUCACCUUUUCCCCUUUUAUUGAAUUUAUGUGUAUUCUUGAUUGUAUAGUGUGGAUGGAGUAAACUCCUCCUUGACUGAAUUUUUGUUGUGAGGAAUACACUGUUAUUCCUAAAGCUGAAAAAUGGAAAUGUUGAAAUGCUUGGUGAAGUCC